UUUGGCUGCACUUUUCCCAAUACGCAAACAACAACAAGCAUGCGUGGCGGGGUUGUCCGUGUGGCGUUGACGCUGGUGCUCCUGCUGGUGGUGCUGAGCAUGCCAAGCAGUGGCCAGGCCAACGUGCAGCAAACGCCGACGCAGCAAGGCCCGAGCCGUGUUCCUGACCUGCGCAAGUACAACCAGCCAACGAAGCAGGGGCGUCGCGUCUACGACCACUUUGUGGUCAAGGGGGCCGGCGGCCAGCACACGGAGCUUCGCUACGAUAUGACCUAUGCUGAGGACGUUGUGCCACUGUCAGACUUUGUGGAUGAGCAUGCCGCCUUCCAGGUCACCACCGUGCUUUGCACCUCUGAAUCCAUCGUCCUUGGCGUCUCGGACAUCGAGGCUGCGCGGAACUUCAUUGCGCCCGAGCGCGUGCUGUUCCCGGGCGAGUCCUUCAAGUGCAGCGGCCCUUCCAACGAGCACACCGCCGCAUAUGUGGAGGAGGUGGCUGUUUCCGAGGGCAAGCUUGUGCUCUCCGUGGAGUGGGAGCACUUUAUGACCGCCUUUGAUGAGAUUGACAUUGAACUGCACCAUCGCCCGGAGGGACACGCCAACAGCUCGAUGGCCCAAGGCUCCGGCCCACGCGCUCCGCGCAUGCGCCGUGAGACCGUGCAGGGGUGCACGUGCACCGACGACUGCGGGGUGGAUGUCGACAUUGGACUGUUCGAUCAGGACAUCUCCAGCUGGUGCCACACCGCAGACAACUGCGCCGACGGCCGGGACUACUGCACAGCGGAGCUCUCGGCCAACGCCGACGUUGUCUCGUGGAACUACGCUGGUGGUGGUAAUGCAGAGCAAGCAAGUUAUGAGCUGUACAGCGAAGGUGGUGUGACCAUCAGCUGCGAGGACUGCUAUGCAACGCUCAACGCGGGCGUGACGUUCCGCUUCCACGCGACCGGCGGCCUCAGCGUUGAUCUCAUGGAGCUGACGGCAACAGCAACCGCGGCUGCACAGGCCACGCUCCAGGCGCAGUUCCAGGCACAGGCCUCGUUUGAGUUUGAGACGCCGCCGCUGCUUGGCGAGAAUGGUGUUCCUGGCCCAACAUUCAUCAUCCCCGUCAUCACCAUCCCCCUGCAGACCAGCAUCAACUUCCGGGCAAUGCUUGAGAUGCAAGCCACGGCCACUGUCACCGUCUCUGCCGGCAUUUCGUACGAGCGCUCCAUCACAGGCGGCGUCGCAUACACAGAUGGCGACUUCAGCGGCAUCCGUGAAGUUGGUGGCAGCGGCCUGGAGACGCACGGCCCAACCUUCGACGCAGGCGUGCACGCAACAGCGGUCCUACGCCUCAUCCCGCAGAUUCGUCUGUUCAUCACUGAGGCACUUCCACUCUCCCUCACCGUCAGCCUUCAGCCGUAUGUGGGCGCAGAGGGCGACAUCAACCUGCAGAAGCUUGUUGCUGAGGCAUUCUGGGGUCUUGACCUUGGCCUUGCGACAGAGGCGAUUGAGUUUGGACCGCUGACGAUUGUUGAUGCGUGGGAGGACGCCUUUGCCCUCAUUGAGCGCAAGACCAUCGGCACCUUCAGGCGCGAAUUCAACCGUCGCCGCGACUACGCCUUUGAGGACACGCCACGCGUGCUGAUUGAGGAGUGCAACUUUGAGUGCCCCAGCAACAGCACCUGCAUCAGCGAGAACGGCGUUGCAGCGUGCUACUGCGACCAAGGAUUCGAGGCACAUCGUGACAUCCAAGAGGCCGACGAGUGCAGACCCACUGAGGAAUCGGAGCUGUGCGCGCAAGUGGACUGCCACCUCAUUCCAAACGCCGAGUGCCGCCGCGGCAUGUGCUUCUGCCGCGAUGGAUACGUCGCCGACAUCCGCAACCGCCAGCCCGUCUGCACCAGAGCGGACGGUCUCUCCCCCGAGGACCCCUGCGCCAACGUUACGUGUGGCGCCCACAGCACGUGCACGGCCGGCCAGUGCGUAUGUAACGACGGUUUCCAUCUUGAGGAAUACGAAGACGGCUUCGACUGCGUCCCCACGGACCCGUGCAACGGCGUUGUCUGCGGCCUGAGCGCAUUCUGCAUUCGCGGCAUGUGCCACUGCGCGGUUGGCUUCAUUCUGUCUGACGACGGGUUCAACUGCGCGCCGCACCUGCCGGAAUGCGGCUCGAUGACCGACGAGAUCAUGGACCGCAGCACGUGCUACCCUGGUGCAACCUGCCAGGAGGACUCCCAGUUCCCAGACCGCCAACACUGCGUGUGUGACGAUGAUCGGGAGCUGCGCUUCUACGAGGACGGUACCGUGGCCUGCGAGGCUCCAAACCUGUGCUCGCAAUUCCCCUGCCCACCUGGUCACGUGUGCAAGCUGCAGCCCGUCACGCGCCAGCCAGCCUGCGUCCGCGUUGCAGAGCCAUGCAAGGUUGGAAACGGUGGCUGCGGCGUCAACGCCCAUUGCGUUCGGGACGAGGACGAGGCAGGAUGGUCCUGCGAAUGCAACCAAGGUCACUACGGCAACCCGUUCCGCGAGUGUGUGCUGCGCAACCCCUGCCAGGUGGACGCCAGUGGCGGGUGCAGCAUCCACGCAGACUGCAGCGUCGAUGAGAACAACGAGCGUAUGUGCAUGUGCAAGGAAGGAUACACCGGUGAUGGCUACACGUGCAAGUUCAGCGCAUGCGAGCGCGACGAUGCCCCCGUGUGCCAUGAGAAGGGCAUGUGUGUGGCCGCCAACCAACGAGGCCAGGCCAAGUGUGUGUGCAAGUCUGGGUACUUUGGCAACGGCACGCACUGCUUCAGUGCCGACCCCUGCGCGGAGAACGGACCUUGCGAUCCAAGCUCAAGCAUUUGUAUCAUCGACAACGAGCAGCCCAUGUGUGCGUGUGCGCCUGGCCAUGUGCUGAGCGAGAACGGCACAGCGUGUGUGGAGGCGCCUGCGUGCAACGCCGCCGCCUUUAGCCUCAAGUGCUCCACCAAUGCAGACUGCGUUGUGGUCAACGAAACAGCGUCAUGCCGGUGCAAAGCCGGUUACCGUGACGUUGGCAGAGAAAGCGACCCCGAAGGCUACCGGUGCCAGCGCGUGGACCCGUGUGUGGAGCACUCCGAUGACCUCUGCCCCGGCGACUACAUGGUCUGCGCCAACAACAAGCCCGGCCGGUACAGGUGCCGCUGCCAGCCAGGAUUUGAGCUCACCAACGACUACGAGUGCGCUGAGAUCAACCCGUGCGAGUCGGGCCACCGCUCGGGCUGCGACAAGGAUGCGGUGUGCAACCACACGGGUCCCGGCACACACACAUGCACGUGCCUUGAUGGCUUCACUGGCGAUGGCUUCACAUGCACUCCGCUCAACCCCUGCGAGGAUGGCGCCAGCCCCUGCGAAGCGGAGACGGAGGUGUGCCAGUACCUCGGGCCCAACCGUCACCGGUGCGUGUGCCAGGACGGCUACGCCCGCGACGAGGAGACGGGCAUGUGCGCUCCCCGCAACAUGUGCGCCGUGCUGCAGGGCGGCUGCCCGGCCAACUCCUACUGCCACAUGGAUGCCGUGAAUGCCUUCAGCUGCGUGUGCGAGUUUGGGUUCUACCCGACGGGGACCUCCCUCUUCCAGACGGGCAUCCGUGCGCUGUCGUCGUGCCAGUCUGCACGCGUGGACAUUGUCACCACCCGCCGCGGCCUCACCGCCACAGAGGCGUCUGCCCUGGUGCGCGAUGCACUGCAGCAGUUCCCAGAGGCGCGCGGUGUUGUCCUCGCCAACGUGACGGCGGAGGAGACGGACGCCAUUCGCGGAUUGUUCCGCACGACCAUCGUGGUUGAGCACAUGGACACCCAGCAGGGCGAGCCUGUUGCCCUGCGCCCAAUGCUCGUCGCCGAUGCGCUCAACGCCACCUUCAUCGCAGAGGAUGGCACCCGUGCUGCCGUCGACCCGCAGGAGAUGCGCACGUCCCCCGUGUUCCAGGGCGCGUUUGUGGCGUACUUCAGCCCUUACUCCGCCCAGAGCAUCGACGCCGUUCGCUUUGAGGCGGCCACUCAGUCGUCCGCAAACGGCCUCAGCGGUGGCGCUAUUGCCGGUGCGGUGAUUGGCAGCGUGUUCGCCGUGGCCAUCGUCGCUGCGGUGACGAUUGCCGUUGUGCGUCGUGGCGGCCUGCGCAAGGUUGAUGUCUUCAGCCACGGCCCCCGCACCACAACGACAUCCAGCGACGUGUGAAUGUGUGUGAAGGUGUGUAAAGGUGUGUAAAGGUGUGUAAAGUUGUCUGUGUUUGCGUCUGUGUGUCUGUGUUGUUUGUGUGACAUUACAGUUUCUUUCAUUGCCUUUCAUUGACUGUGUGUUGCCCCUUCACAACCUGCUCGCCUUGCUUCUUCUUCCCCUCUGCCUUCUCCCCCUCUUGUUUUCCUACUUGUUCUACUUCUUCGCUUGUCCUGGCUCGCUCGGUCUGCAUCCUGUCAUCGCUUGCUUGUGUUGCUCGUCCUCUUGUCUGGUGCUCUGUGUCAAACAUACACACACAAAACCUGAA